AUGGUUAGAUGGCUGAACUCUAACCAGAUUAUUCAGAGAAAGAUUGGAAAACGUACAAUUUUCAAAAGAAAUGUAAAGUCCAUUGCACUGUAUACUGGAGCCGUUUUAAUCUUUGCUGACUCUCCAGAGAUGGUAAAUAUGGCAUCUGAACUUGUUAAUUCUGCAACAAGUGAUAAACUUACUGAAAUGGAUUGGAUGAAAAACAUUGAGAUUUGUGAAUUAGUUGCACAUGAUUACAGGCAAGCUAAAGAUGUUAUAAAAGCUGUUAAAAAAAGCUUGCGAAGCAAACACUCAAACACACAACUAUAUGCAGUACUGUUGCUGGAGAUGUUAAUGAAUAAUAUUGGAGAACCUGUUCAUAAGCAGGUUACCGAGACAGGAAUUCUUCCCAUGCUUGUUAAAAUAGUUAAGAAAAAGUCAGACCUUCCUGUGCGGGAAAAGAUUUUUCUUCUUUUAGAUGCAGCUCAGACAUCUGUAGGUGGAGCUUCUGGGAGGUUCCCUCAAUAUUAUUCUGCAUAUUAUGAAUUGGUGAGUGCAGGAGUGCAAUUUGCUCAGAGGCCUCGUGAUAUCCCCAAACCUCAUGCUACAUCAAACACCAACGAGAAUAAUUCACUUGAUAAGGUAUCUGCUACUAAAUGUGAAAGUGCACCAAAGACACAACCUAAGAAGGUUUCUGAACACAGUAUUCUUGAGAAAGCUAGCACUGCACUGGAGGGAGCGAAAGAGGAGUUCACACUUGAUCUUGUGGAACAAUGUUCUUUUCAAAAGCAACGAAUAAUGCAACUUGCAAUGACUUCUCGGGAUGAAAAGAUAAUCUCCCGAGCAAUUGAGCUUAACGAGCAGCUUGAAAUAGUUUUGCGAAGGCAUGCUGCACUUGUUUCUGGUAGGACAAUGUCUAUAUCGAGUCAUAUUGACCAUGAGCGGAAAAUGACCAUAUCAAGUCAUGUUGACCAAGAACAGGCAGCGGAAAAGGAACAGGAAGAGGAAGAGGCUGAACAGCUUUUUAGAAGGAUAAGGAAAGGGAAAGCUUGUCUACGACCAGAAGAUGAAGGCUGCCAAAUAGAGCGGCCGUUGGGAUUUCUGGGUUGUCCUGUUCCUGGAGAAAUGCUUCAUCGCCCACUCAUUCGACCACUAACUGUGGAGCCAAAGCAACAACUUGUUCGGCCGCUGAUUAUGGAGCCAAAGCAAGAGUUUGUGCGGCCGUUAACUAUGGAGCCCGAUCAAGAAGCUAAUGGAGCUCGACCAGCAGUUGCAAUUCCACCACCACCAGCUAAACAUGUUGAGAGAGAGAGGUUCUUCAAGGAGAAAAAGGCAGAUGUUUCUUCGCUUGAUGGACAUGUGAGGAACCUCUCACUACACAGCCGAAAUGCCAGCAGCUCUCGCAGUGGAAGUUUAGAUUACAGUGACUGA